AUGGCUGAUCCGUUGUCCAUGGCAGCGAGCAUCGCUGGCCUCAUCAGUCUUGCCGACACCCUCUUCCGCUACACAUACAAGUUUGGACGCACCGCAAGCGGCGCAAAGCAGGAGAUUCAAGCUCUGGCCACAGAAAUAAACAGCUUCUCAGGUCUCCUUCGCAGUCUUGAGGCACUCGCUGAUGAGCUAGAAGCCGAGGGCCAGGCUUUUGAGCCUGCCCUCAAAGUUGGCCACCUCAUCGAGUGUCGCAAGAUAUUCGAGAACAUCGAACGAAAGGUCACGAAAGCCAUUGACAGUUUCAACAAUCGCUCCCGCUGGGAGGGUGUGUCUCGGCAACUAAAGUGGCCAUUUUCGGCUUCAGAUACGCGAGAACUGUUGCAGCAGCUUUCACGGUGCAAAGACAGCAUCACCCUCGCUACCUCGGCCGACACGAUGCGCAGUUUGCAGCUAUGUCUCAUGAAACAGCAAGAGAACGGGGAAACACUCGCCAAGAUUACCUCAACUCUGGAGAAGGUGGAGAUCCGGACCGCGAUCCUCAUGGACCCGAGAAAACAGCUCGUCUUAGACUUUUUCAUGGCCCCAGAGCUCAACCCUCAAGCCAAUCUAGACCAGAGUCUUAAACUGCGACAGCCAACCACUGGCGAAUGGUUUACUCACUCCUUUGCCUUUACAGAGUGGCUGCAGACGCCCGGUUCAAGACUCUGGCCCAACGGCGCUGCGGGCGGAGGCAAGACUGUCUUGGCUGGUGCCAUGAUACAGGAAGCCAUCAUUAGGAAGGAGGCUGAACCCGAUGUCGCUGUUGCUUUCUUUUUCUGUGAUUACAAGCAAGAGGCGACCCUGAAAUCGGUCAACAUCAUUGGCGCUUUGGCAUCACAGCUUGCUAUUCAGCGGGAUGAGUCGUUCAAUCUUCUGGAACAGUACUAUGAAGAGCUUCAUCCAGCCCGAGGACUGAACAAGCCAGUUGACCCUAGCGAGCUUGUCAAAACAAUGGAAAAGAUUUGCAAUCUCUUCUCACAGGUCAUCAUCAUCGUUGAUGGUCUCGACGAAUGCGCCGAUGGUGUCUAUGAAGUUCUGGAAGCCCUUUGUGACUUGGCCGACUUCACAAACACGACUUCGAUUGCGUUGGUAAGCCGGAACGAGAUCGAAAUCAGACAGGCUCUCGAGGACGGAUUUAAGGAGGUUGCCAUCGAAGCACGUGAAGAGGACCUUAAAAUCUAUGUCCGGGCCGAGAUCGAGCGGAGGAUCCGAGCGAAGCAGCUGGAUAUCCAAAACAAGACGAUCAAGGAUGAGAUCCAAAGUGAACUAGUCAGUAGGGCAAACGGGAUGUUUCGUUGGGUCGUUUGCCAGCUAGACUACCUAGGUCAGCUGCUCACAGACGCAGAUCGCCGUCAUGCUCUUCACGAGCUGCCGCCAACUCUGUCUGAGACCUAUCUUCGACUGCUUCAGAGAAUCAACAAGCGCCCGCUCCGAGUCCGCAAGCUGGUCCAGAAGUGCCUCCAUUUCAUCGCUAAGUAUCCAAAAAUGCCUAUUGAGGACCUCUGCCUGGCCGUCUCCGUACCCGAGACCAUUGGCGUGCACAUGGAUGAAACAAACACAGUCUCAGAGAGAGAGAUCUUUCUGUGUUGCAGCAGUCUCAUACGGAAAUCCGCUCAAGAUGGCCAACAUCAAUCGUUUGAGUUUGCUCACUUCUCAGUCAAGGAGUUCCUACAAGGUGAGGUGCUUUCGCAGACUCCAGAACUGGUAGCGUAUAGGCUUGUCACAUCGGAGGGCCAGGCGCUGAUCGCCCUCCAAUGUCUGAGGUUCUUGCAAGUUGGCAACAUAGAUGACAAACAUGUCGAGCGUUUCUUCUCUGAUGAUUUGGUUGAGAGCAAGGAGUUCUACUCCUUCUUCCAGAUGGCGUCUGUCAUCUGGCUGCGGCUCACUCGUGAUGGACUCAGCAAUGCCUCAUUGUUGGAUGCGGCCAAGUCGCUGUUUCGCCGGGAUGCAACGCCCAACUUUCGUCUUUGGGUUCACUUUCUUCUGCGGGACAUUUUUUCUUUCAUGCCCCCAGCAACGAACCCGGUUGUUGGUCCUUGGGAUGUUAAGCAGAAAAUCCAACGCCUGAUUCUAAGCAAUUCGCUGCCUCCGUUUUGUAUUGCCUCAGCGUUGAACAUUCCCGAGAUAUGUUCAUUUCUCAUUCAGACUGGAGUUCAAGUCGAUACCAAAUCUCCCCUGGGAACACCGCUUCUACUUGCUGAGAUUUCAUUGCUCGGUUUCAUAGAAGACCUCUCAGGCAGAUAUCCCGACCGCGGCUCGCACUAUUUCACCGGAAUUCUCUCUUCAUCAACUCGGCGGAACGAAACGAUCGAUUGCCUCAUCUCAGAAGGGGCAUCGCUCAAUGAACUCGAUGGCCCAGUUGGUGACCAUUCCUUGCUAUUGACUGUCGCCAUCAUUGGUUGCCAUUUAGAGAGUUUCGAGCCACUCAUGACACUGUUGGAUCAUGGACAUACCCUGACUGACGAUGACAUAACUGCCUUUGGAGAUUACCUCAAAACCUGGCCCAACAGAGAAGAUUGCUCAGGCUUAGAAGAAGCCAUCCUUAGGCUACUCAACUACUUGAUGAAGUCCUCAUCAUACGACUUAGACUGGGGUUUUGACCUUGGCAACAAGAUCUGGCUUGCCGCCGUCACUCUUGGGUUCGACUUCACAAACGAUACAACCUUGACGGACAGCCGGAUAUCCCUUUCAAUUGCGGCGCUGGUUGACAAGACUUUAGCCGCAAUCGACAAUGACGACACUGCCACGCUCCAACUCUGUCUGCAAGACGGUCGUGUUAGCGUCAACCAAACUCUCCAGCGAAGCGACAUUGAUGGAACAUUGCUACACCAUGCUGUCGCGGCCGAUGCCCUGGAGUGCGCUCGUCUUCUUUUGAAGCUUGGGAGUGACCCUGAAGUCAGUACAAACACGGGGACUCCCACCCUUCAUUGUUGCGAUCUUGAGGGUGAUGGGAGCGUCCUGAAGCUUCUCGUCGAACAUGGGCUGUCGCUCCUCGCUCAGGGUCCGGAUUCGGGCACGCUCUGGCAUGCUUGCGCAAGCUUCGAUGCAUGCGAGGUCUCAUUCAUGGAAGCCCUGUUCAACAUUGACCCAGAAUGCAACCAGGAGGCUCUACUGAUGCGAACCGAAGAUGGCUUUACACCCCUAAUGCUGGCCUUGGAGGCUCUUGAGGACGCCCCCCAGGACUACGUCGAGCGGUUAGAAAGCAAAGCCCUCCUGUUUCUACAUUACUGUCAGAAAACGCCGGAUUUCUGGGACAAGCAUGAAUCUUUGUUCAUGUUAGCUGGCCGGGCUGGCUCCAAGAAAGUUUUUCAGCAAUUGUUAUCGUUGGACCCCGGGUCUGGCGUGAUCAAGCCUGGUGAUGCCACACCCUUUCACAGCUUGGCAGUCAAUCCGACAAAAGAGUGGCUGGAGUUCCUAACAACAGCCUUUCCUGAAGCUCUGCAGCUUCGAUUCGAGGACCAGCUACCACUCGAGAGCUAUAUUGAGAGAGCCUUGAAGGCCUCAAUGGUACCGAGGAGUGAUGUGAUACAAGUGCUCUCUCCUCCAGAGAUCUGGAGACUGAAGAGUAACAAGGGCGUCACACCAUGGGAAGCUGUGUGCAAUUUGAAAGACCAAGCCCAACACUGGGAGAACUUGCAGCAGUUCCUGUCAUCGGGGUGGGUAGAUCUUGACCGUACCUUGGCCGACCUGUUGGGCUUCAAAGCAAUGGAAGCCUAUGAAGCUGAGACUGGUCAAUGCGGUGUCUAUCUACUAGUGACUUAUUCCUGGGCACACAUCGGCCAUUGGAAUGUUCACACAGCGACUCUGGAACAAGCUAUACAAUCGUCCAGCCUGUGGGAUCCGACCCAAGACGUCGUUGUCGGCUACUUAAAGUCGAUGAUACAGUGCAUGAACACCUCUAUGGUCCAGAUCCUUAUCAAGUACGGUGCGGAUGUUCAUCAGCGAGAAAAUGGAACAAGUCCAAUCGAGUCAGCAUGCGAACCAGGAGUUGCGCGCAACCUUUGUUCGAAAGACGAUGGCAUCGCCAUUCUCCAAUGCCUACUUGACCACUCUCGGCCUGAGAGAAUCAGAGAUUUCUCCACUGACGAUCGGGCUUUCUCAAUCUUGCACAGACUCGCCAUGGAGUCACCUCCCAAGCGCAUUGAGUGGUUGUUGCGGAAACUUAUCGAAAAGGGAGCUGACCUAGACGCCAUCAGCCCCCUGGCAUCUCCCCACUCUCGCAUGUCUCCACUGACGUGGCAUCUCAAGCAGAAAUCUAUUCUCUGUGCAGAGGUGCUCCUGGAACUGGGAGCAGACCCUCUACUGACUGGGGAUGGUGUGUUCGGACCCGCUGAUGCUUUCACGACCGCGGUUGUCGCAGGAUCCCUGAGUUUUCUUGAGAAACUGCACAGUCUCUCGGUAAAGAAACCCACUGUCAAAGGUUGGAAAAGGCGCAUGGAUGGUUCCGUAGGGCGUAAAAUGGAAAAACUCCAUGGUCAUCCCUACUUCACAAACGGCACUCUCUGUCAUUGGGCAUGCGCCCAAAUGAAUUUUGGUGUCGUCGAAUUUCUCCUUCAGCGGCAACUGGUCGAGAACAUAGACUCUCCUUGUGAUGGAGGGCUCACGGCUCUUCAUUUUGCUGCUAUGUUCAGCCAGGUGAAUACCAUCGAAAUCCUCGUCUCUCACAAGGCGUCGGUCAAUCUUCAGUCUGACGGAGGCCAGACUGCUUUGCAUCUUGCAGCAUAUUUUGGAAAUAUUGACGUGACCCGCGCGCUACUGCAACUGGGUGCUAUGAACCUGGCUGACAAGGAUGGACGAACAGCGAGCAUGUUGGCCAGCGCAGAGGGUCAUGACAACAUUGCCGAAAUUGUCGACAGGCAUUUUACAUCACUCCACCAACUGUCACCGGAAUCAGUAGUACCUCUAGUUCAGCAGCUGGGAAUAGCAAUCGAGCAAGGCAACUUAGACGAGUGCCAAAGGCUUUUUGCUAUCGGAUGCCCCCUCAACGAACCGAUGCGUGGAUGGAAGCCGAGCUACCCUCUGGUCUCUGCCUUCAGCAAGGCGCAAAUUGCGAUUGCCCAGUGGCUCCUUGACAACGGGGCAAGCGUCUUGGUCAAUAAUGGGGACACUUACCAUUUGGACAAAAGCAGCACCGUAAUCGAAAAUGCAGGGGCGGAUCCGGACCAUCUUCAACUCAUUCCCACGGUUCUUGCCAGAUAUCACGACGAAGGCGGUUGCUGGCUUCGUGGAUUCGACUUCCCCUUGCACUAUGCUGCAUGGACAGGCCACACAGAGGGCCUUAAGUUAAUGCUCAACUAUUUGGCUGAACAUGCUGUGGCAAUUAGGUAA